CAGCCGUCGAGCGGAUCGAACACAGCGGCUCUCUCGGGGUAGUCCGCGCGUCGACGCCGUCGUGUUCCGCGACUGCGGCUGAUCAUCGGAUGAUUCUCGUGCGACCCGAUGGCUCUCCGAGGGCCGGCAACUUUUCUCGUCGUGUGCUCGGGAGGAGGACACGUGCAGGACGCGCGCGUAUCGCCCGCAAACAGCGACAUGAUCGCCUCGCGACGAUAGCCGGAUAAUUUCGCUUGUAAUCACUUCAGUGAACGCGCACUCGACCGUCGUUAAGGAUAACAAGUAACAUGGAUCGCCGAUGUUAUUAAUGCCGAAGGAGUGCGGACAACUCUGCGCGAAUUGAGACGCCCUUGCGUCGCGGUCUCGGAGAGGUCUCCUUGAGGGAAAACUCAUUCUGGUUUUGUCAAAGAGCCCGUAGAGCCGAGGGAAAAGAGUUGCGACCUUUGGGAGCCUGAAUGCGUCAAGUUGAAAAUAGAAGGGAAACAACGAGAUAAAGAUUAUCGGAAAUUCCACGAAAGACCAGAUCGUGUCGCGAAUGUUACGACGGAGCACAUCCGAAAAACUGUAUUUUGCCGGGAAAUUCCUUGCUCCGGAGAACAUUGAAUAAGACCCCCGCGCUACACAGGAACGAGGACACUGAGCGAAAGUCAAAAGAAGACAACCGGAAGAUCUUAAAUAUGCAAAGGAAUAAAAGAAUGAAUCGAGGAUCAUUGUUCACAUCGAGCAGGUGAUUCGCUAACGAUGUCACCCUGAGGACCACUUGGGAGACGAAAAUGUGCUGCUCAGGUGGCCCAGGUGGAAUCAGGCUGACUAGGUGCGGCGUGGUGUGCGGGCUCGCCGCGUUGGCGGCCCUCAGCACCGCCCUUCUGGGCCCUACCUGGCUCCACACCGAGGAGAAGCUCGCCCUGUCGAAUCUACCUAGAAAUUUCGCCAACGUCGUCAGCGUGAGGUUCAAGCUGGGCCUCUUCAGAGUAUGCCCGAGGAUCGUCAAGCCCACCAACUUCACUUUCCACAUCCCCACACCGGCUUGUAGUUACGUGAGGUACAGCAGCCUGGAGGACGUGAGGCCGGAGGAGUUGGGCUUUCGCCAAUUAGAAUUCACGCCCACGGUCGUCUCAAAAAUACGCAUCUCCGCACCGUUCCAAGUGGUAGCCGUGAUCCUGAUCCUCGCCGCGACAGUGUCAGCUUUGAUCGGUCACUGUAAUUCCGAUCACAGGACUCUCGUAGCCUGCGGACUCUUUCUCUUAAGCGGACUCUCUCUGGGAGGUGGCUUGAUAGUUUUGGCGUCAGCGUUGUCGGACGCAUCGCUGGAACUACCAGGGAAAUAUAGUUUGCCGUCGCCAACCGGCAUGCAAAUGGACGAUAACGGUCUACCUCAGUAUCACUAUGGCUGGUGCCUCCAGCUCUCAGGAUUAGCGCUGAUCCUUGCGGAAGUGGCGGCCGUUUUAACGAUGUCCGGCUACAUGGCGCGCUUCUCCACGGUUGAGGAGAUGGUGAGGGUCAUGGUCCCGGGCGCUGAGAGGAAGCUCAGGGAGCAGAGAGGGCUCAGCUCGGAAUAUCUCGUGAGGGCGCAUCAGAAAUCGCCGGGGCCGCCGCAGGCUCGACCCUUCGGUCAACCAGCCAAAACGCCUCAAAAAAUAGCUGAAGAAGGAACUUCGUUGCUCUGCAAGUCGGCGCCCGACAUCUGUGCGUCGAACCCGCAGGCCAUCAGUUACGUCGAUAAGGCAGAUCUAUCUCACGUCUUGCCGGCCUACCCGGAAAACAAGAACAUCGAUCCACGGUACAGCUUCGUCGAUAAAUCGGAGGGUAGCGUCAUAGACUCUCGGCUUAGCGGCUUCACCGACAAGGAAGGCUUCAUCGACACCCGGAUUCUGUCUGAUUCCAGACAGAACAUGAUUGCCUUCACCGACAACAAAGAACUCGGCCAAGAGCAACGUUAUUCCGACUUCUCCGCGAGAAACACCGACCAGAAUGUCGUAGACUCCAGGCUGAGUGGUUUCGCUGACAAAGAAAGUCUUCUUGAUUCUAGACUAAGUGGUUACUCCGAUAAGAAUGAAUCCCUGCUGGACACUCCUUUUGGUUACGAUACCCGAUUCAACAGCUUGGCAGGCCAGACCGUCCCUAUCACGCUGAAGAACCAGAAUACAUCGGUAUCGGCCAUUCAAUCACAGUAUAUAUACCAAAACUUUGGGACGAUACACUCCGGCAUCCUGAGGGUAUCGGAACCGGGCACUAGCUCCAGUUCCAACUCUAGUCAGCGCAGCAUGACUUUGCAGAACCCCAAGCGCAAAUCGCAGAUUGCUCAGAACACCUUCAGUACGAUGGAGUGUGAGAAGAGAAAGAGAGCGUCCGGGAUAGCCGGUAAAGCGGGCUUCUACACGGGAAGUGCUGUAUGACCACCACCUCCCCCUCCGACUCCAAGGUAACUUCCAGAAGAGGAGACCCCACUGUAACCAGAACUCAGUGCGACAACUUUCGAGGCGGGUUGGAGGAUUUAUAUUACUGAAUAUGCGAAAGAAGGAAAGAAGAAAUUUUUUACUAGCUGACCAACAGAGCUCUAUCAAGGGAUGCGGUAGCGUCUUGUGCCAAGUAUAUCUAUUUAGUAUAUGUCCUCACGCGAGAGACGCUACAGCGUAUCUUUUACACAAACGAGAAUGUUUUUCUGGUCGUAACUUCGUAUUGCCAGUAACGCCAGACUUUCCAUCUGCGAUGUAGAGAUAUAUAUGUACCAUCUACUAUUUGCGCGUUUACCGGUAUACGAUAAAGAGAGUAUGUAUUCUUAUUAAUCAUCGAUAUUGCAGAUCCCUGCAAUGAAAGAUAAUACCAAAAAGUAAUCACAGUCUUAUAUUGGCGAUGUAUUGUACGAUUAGGCUGUCUGGAAAUAAUUGGAUUCAGUACAGGAUCUUUCGAAACGUAAUUCCUAAGCAAGAAAGCACAAGUGCAAACGUGAUUUGCAGUAAUAUUGUCAAUAAUACUGCGUACGACGCAAAUCUUUACGAGUUGAGGGGAUGCUGCGUACCGACAUAAUGUGGUUUCCAUGAUUUGCACUGUUUUUUCUUUUUAGUUAUAUAUAAUUGCAAAUGCUUUUACAGAGUGAACGUGCAAAUGUCAAUGCAUUAAACGAUACUCCAUGUUAUAUAAAAAAUAAACGAAAAAUGUUAUAAAUAAGAAGGUUUUUUGUAGUUGUUGAUAUAACAUGGAGUAUCCCUUUUAGUAUAUCGGCUUUGACUCAAUAAAAGCGCUUGCAAUUUUAUACAAACAAAUAGAAAAACAAUGUAAACUACGAAAACUGCAUUAUGUCGGUAUACAGCAUCCCCUGAAAUGAAAGACAAGAAUGACGAGGGAUCAGAAUGACUCUCGUCAUUUUAGGUAUCGAAAGAGUAAUGUAAUGUCCGUCACACUCGCUAUUUACCUUUAACUCAACACGUAAUCGCGUUUUAGCUGCAUAACCAAUCGAACGAACUUGUAAGGUGUAACAUUAAUAUAGUCAAUACUAUAUAAAUUGUAAUAUAUUUGGUGGUUGAUAUAGCCGUGAUAGUCAUUCGGGCGCAACCUGUUAUUCUCAGUCAAUAAUAAGGAACCACCCAGGAGAAGCAUAUAUCGUUCGAUGAAAUCAGGUGGACUUUAAUUAGAGAUUUUUUCCCCGAUACUUUUCGACGACGUUCGCGCUCCAAUUGUAUCACUAAUCGAAAACAUAUCACAAAUAAAAGUGUUUCUGUUGAUAACGCGACUUGUUCUGGAAAGAUAUAUUUUGGUUUUUCAUUUUUUUUUCAUUUGUUUCGCAUUACUUCCUCGUAUAAAACGACGAUUAGAAUGGAUGUUCGAUGCGCCCGCAUAAAUACGUACAUCAAUAUGUUGUAUCGUAGCUGAGUGUAAUAAAAUGUUCUUUUUCUAA